AUGCUUGAUGAUGAUGUGGAACUGAGAGAUUUGCUGGUGAAUAAUUUAGAGGCCAGUGGAACGCUGAGCAGGAUCAAAGCUGAACUGAGAGCCGCGAUUUUCAGCUGCUUAGAUGAAAAGCCACAACCAGCGAAAAGAUGUGACGACGAGCGAUUAUGCUUGUCCAUUGCUGCCGACUGCCUCAGAAAACUGGGCAUGUUCAACUCGCUGAAAGUGUUGGAAGCGGAAGCAGGAAUGGUCCUCGAGUCGCCACUCUACACUUGUGACGAAACAGAACUUUCACUCAACAUUCAGAACUCAAAAACUCCCGUAAUUCACCAUUUACUCGAGAACAAAAGGGAACCUGAAGCUACCACUGCCGCACUGCCACCAAAGCCCGCUGAAAAUGGCGAGGGCCAAGAAAGAGAGACAAAUUCUAGCGUCGUUUCGUUAGAUCAGAUAAAAGAGAAGGCGAAGAAGGAGUUUGAUGCGUAUGAUCAUUCGAAGAGUGGAUUUAUUCACAUUGAUGACGCUUCUAGCGCUCUUAUCGAUACGAUGCCGAUAAUCUCGACUGAAUUAUCCGACGUUAUCUUCAAAGGCCUAAAACCGUCGAACGAAAACAACGAAAUCUGCUUCGAAAAUUGGUGGAAGUUCAUCGAGCGUUUCUACAAAAUCGCGUUGUCCGUUACUUCUGCCGAUUCUUCUCUUAUUCCGUUUGACGCUAAUCAAGACCCGUUGCUGACAAGUAGAACAAAUGAAACAGCUGGUAUUUCGUACACGGAUGAUUUUACUGAAGAACAUUCAGAAAUUUUGACAAAAGAAGACGAUCUUACUGAGGGCCGUUUGCCUGACUCCGAAUCCGAGCUCGACGAAAUCCCAACGACCGACACUGCUCAAAGAGCCCAAGAAAACACCAUUCCAGAUGUAACAGAAGACUACUCACUGCGCUCCAACGAUGACUCUCAACGCCACGCUGAUUUUUUCGAGUCUGUCAACUAA